GCUAUGUUUCUCAAAAUUCUUCCAGCUCCCUGCAAAUCCAUCAAUUAGACACAAAGGAAACCGCAGGUCGAACAAGAAGCAAAGAAAGCAAAACAUGGAGGAAGCCCUUCAGAAUAGAAUCUCUAUUGCGGCUCCCUUCAUUUUUCUCAUCGUUGUUGCUCUGCAACUCGCCUCCAUACGCCUAGAACAGCUCAAAAAGAAGGGAUUAGUGAGUGCAGAGGAAAUCGAGUUGCGCAAUGAAAUAAAGAAACUUUUGAAAGAGGCGGGCUCGUUAACCAACCCAUCAACCUUUGCUCAAGCGGCAAAGCUUAGAAGGAUGGCAGCAUCUAAGGAGAAGGAACUUCAAAAAUAUCAGUCAACGAAGAAUCAGAGCAAGAAAUUGUCAUAUGAUACACAUGUAAAAGCUCUGAUGAUUGUAAAGGCACUGGCAUAUCUUUUUCUGGUUUUCUGGUUUUGGGGCGCCCCUGUUGCUACCAUAUCUCAGCAACUCUUGCAACCUUUUGGGAAGGCAUUGUCCUUUGGAGCUGGAGGUCGCUUGAAUGGCAGAACUACGGUUGGGGUAAUUCCAUGGAUAGCAUUAUCAACUCGUGUCAGCAAUUUUCUCUGUCACAAGUUCCUUAAAUAGAAAACAACUUUCAGCUAUAUGAAUGUUGAUAGAAAAAUAGGGUAAGUUUUUACUGUAUUAAUCAUUUUAUUGUUUUUAUAUACUUGAAUAUUUAUAUUUAUUUUUUGGGGGUGGAUGGUUAUUGGGUAUCUGACCAUGGUUAAAUCUCUUGUAAGAAACAUUUAUAUUCUUUUUUCUUCAACCACUUAAAGCUAUUUUGUAUUCUUGACUCUAUAAGAAGUGUAUAAAUGGUUUCAUACCUUGUGAUA